CUUUCUUGUCCCCGGAUUUUGGUUUUGUAUCCUUUUUCUUCUCUUCCUAUUUACCUGGAAAACUAGAUCCUUAUCUGUUUCUUCUAAUAUUAAUAUUUGUGAAAAUUGUCGAUCAGUGUUCUUUGGCCGAUGAAAGAUAGGUAGGGUUCGUUUGGUGAUAGCUUCGAAAUAAACAAAAGGGUUGAUUGCUGCACCUAUGUGUUGUUGAAUUGAACAGCAAUACUUGUAAGCAGCAUCUCAUAAGAACACCUGCAGCUAUGUCUCAAAACCAAAAAAAUGCCGAGGAGGUUUCUAGGUCCACAACAGUCUACAUAUGGGAUAUGGAUGAGACACUUAUAUUGUUGAAGUCCUUGUUGGAUGGAACAUAUGCCGGGGUCUUUAAUGGUUUGAAGGACCCAAGAAAAGGUUUUGAGAUUGGGAAGCAUUGGGAAAACUACAUUCUACAAGUUUGUGAUGAAUUUUUCUUCUACGACGAGAUUGAGAACUAUAAUGAGCCAUUUCUUGAUUCUCUGAGUGAAUAUGAUGAUGGAAGAGACUUGUCAAAUUAUGACUUCAAAAAUGAUGGGCUUUCUUCUCCUUAUGAUGAUUCCAAUAAAAGAAAGCUUGCAUAUCGCCAUCGAUUCAUUGCUGAGAAAUACGCUCAGGGUUUGCACAAGUUGAUUGGACAACAGAUGAUCAAACUCUGGAAUGAUCUGUACAAUUUGGCUGAUGGCUAUACAAACAGAUGGCUAUCUUCAGCACAUGCCCUAUUGGAGGAAACAUUAGGAAUGACACAUGGAUCAGUUGCUAAAAGACACCUAAACGUCAAUGUAUUGGUUACUAAAGGAUCCUUGAUUCCUAGUCUUGCCAAGUGUUUGCUCUAUCGCUUGGAUGAUGUAAUCCCAGCUAAUAAUGUCUACAGCUCAUGGGAUGUAGGAAAGCUUCAGUGCUUCUCAUGGAUCAAGGAGAGAUUCACUGGCCCUAAUGUCCGGUUCUGCGCUAUCGGAGAUGGAAUCGAAGAAUGUGAAGCUGCUCAAGCAAUGUCAUGGCCAUUCAUCAAAAUCGAUCUGCAACCAUCAAGCUCUUACCGAUUUCCAGGUCUAACUACAGAAAUGAUACAGAGUUAUAUAAACGUGAUAUAUGGACCACCAGAUGCUGAAGAACAAGUAAACGAGUAAUGAAGCCAUAUUUUUCGAGUGAUCAAUUCACUACCGAAUCAUCCAAACUAUUCGAAUUAAAUGUUUAUCUGCAAGUCUUCUUUUUCUCAAUGCUGUGGUCCAUCAUCCUUGAGAAACGAUGGUUUCAUUUAUAGUUUAUGGCUGUAGUCUCUAGCAUAUGGAUGAACUCUCUUUCACUCACUCUUGGAUUCUUUGUAAUGCUAGGCAAAUAACUAGUUGGUAAAUUUUGGUGUAUACUUUUUUCCCUUG